ACUGCUUCAUUUUCACAAGUGGGAAACCAAAAAGACACUUUAUUGAGAGAAGACCAUAUCAAAUGAGGAAUCAGGAACGUAGAGUAAGUAAGCGGUUCAUGGCGAAGAUGGAAGAACUUAAGUUAGAAAUGGCAGCAUUAGAUGAGGAACAAUCAAGGUUAAGAGAGGGACAAAAGGAAGUGAAACAACACUUUGAAAAGAUCAGAGUAGAAUGUGCUCAACUGAGAGAGGAAACUAAUCUCCUCCUCCAGCGGGGCUUUGUCGGUAGAGUGCAGGCAUAGCUUCCGCGGCUCCAUCUAAAAUAUUGCUAAUUAAUUAAAUUAAGUUGGCGUUUGCCCUCACUUUGUUCCAUUAAGUUUAUCAAAUACAUAUGUGUCGUGGUGUUCUAGAACCUUGCAGCUUUUGUAAUUUGUAUUGCUAUCCUGCUUAGUUAAUUAGUAACAAGGAUGAAGUUGCACAAGCACAAUCUUAAUUUAAACAUGCUGCGCUCCGAACAGGUUACAGAUGUAUUUGUUUUCCAUUUCCAUGGCAAAGAUAGAAAUUAAUAAAGUUGUUGAUUAGAA